AUGGCUGGCCGCUUCGUGAGAGCAUCCAAGUACCGCCACGUAUUCGGCAAAUCAACAAAGAAGGAGUCAUGCUAUGAUAACCUGCGAAUCAGUCGCAAUGCCUGGGAUACCAACUUGGUCAAGGCCAACCCCGAGUACAUUUCCGUCAAUUGGGAAGCUAGCGGUGGAGGCGCCUUUGCUGUUAUCCCCGUGAAUGAGAAGGGCAAGCUACCCGACGUCAUUCCCUUGUUCCGUGGACAUACUUCGGCCGUCCUCGAUACAGACUGGAACCCCUUCAACGAUCGCAUCAUUGCCUCGGCCUCCGAUGAUGGCAAGGUCAUGAUCUGGGAAGUCCCCCGAGACUUCACUCUCUUCACCGACGCCGAAGAGCCCGCCGAUGUUCACCCCGUUGCCAAGCUCACUGGCCACUCGAGAAAGAUUGGACAAGUGCUCUUCAACCCUGCAGCGGAAAACAUCUUGGCUUCGGCUUCCGGCGACUUGACUAUCAAGCUGUGGGAUGUCGGUACCGGCCAGGCCGCGCUGUCCAUGAAGCACCCCGACAUUGUCCAGUCUCUGUCUUGGAACGCCGCUGGUAACAUGAUGGUAACAACAUCGAGGGACAAGAAGCUGCGUGUUUGGGAUGUCAGACAGGAGCGCCCAGCCUCGGAACACCAGGGACACGAGGGUGCCAAGAACAGCAGAGCCGUAUGGCUUGGUGAACAGAACCGUAUUGCCACCACGGGUUUUUCGAGGAUGAGCGAUCGUCAACUGGCCCUGUGGGAGCCCGGAAACACUUCGCCCAUUGGCGGCUUCACCACCCUCGACAGCAUUUCUGGUGUUUGCAUGCCUUUCUGGGAUGACAGCUGUAACUGCUUGUACCUUGCUGGAAAGGGCGACGGAAAUAUCCGCUACUUUGAAUAUGAGAAUGACAAGUUCGAGUUCUUGUCCGAGUACAAGUCUGCCGACCCGCAACGAGGAAUUGCCUUCUUGCCCAAGCGUGGAGUCAAUGUUCAUGAGAACGAGGUCAUGAGAGCUUUCAAGACGGUCAACGACAGUUACAUUGAGCCCAUUUCGUUUACUGUCCCCCGCCGUGCUGAGACAUUCCAAUCGGAUAUCUACCCUCCUGCUGUUGGUGCAAAGCCUGGCCUCAGCGCCUCGGACUGGCUCUCUGGAAAGACUGCUCUCCCUUCCAAGAUCGACUUUGAGAGCAUCUAUGAGGGCAAUGCGCCUGUUGAGGUCGCUUCGGACUACAAGCCUCCUGCUGCUAUUCCAGCUGCUGCACCUGUUGCCAAGCCAGCUCCCAAGAAGGAGCCUGAGCCCGCACCGGCCGCCGCUGCCAGAUCGCCUCCACCCACAAUGAAGGACCAGAAGCAGUCCAUGGCUGCCAUGGCUUCCAAGUACGAGGAUGAUGAAGCAGAGAGCGAUGACGACGAAUCUAGCUUCGAGGAGAUUUCGAAGCCUACUCAACGGAGCGCGGUUCCGGCCAGCGCACAGCCAAAGGCCGCUCCUGCACCUACCAAGACGUUCUCUGCACCGCAGCCCAAGCCUGCUCCGUCCGUCAGAUCCCCGACUUCCACCACAUCCUCUGCCGCCGCCACACCGACAGCAUCUGCUCCCGCUCCGAGCGCCUCGUCCAACAGUUCAGUAGAGGCCAGCCUAGAGCAGAUCAAACAACUCCUGGAGACGCAAACCAAGAUGAUCACCUCGCAAGGACAGCAAAUUUCAGUAUUGACUGGCGAAGUAGAAAGCCUAAAGAAGCGUGUGGGAUCGGGCUCACAAGAUCAGAGUGAGCGCGUUAGACAGCUAGAAUUGGAGCUCGAGGCUCUGCGAUCUUAA